AUGGAUGUUACCUACUGGUUGGCAAGAAUUUUUCUGGGGCUAGCUUGCAUUCUGGUGCAACUUGGGCCAGUAGCAAGCGCUGAGGAUGUGCAACAAUGGUCACCUGAAAUUACAUCUACAGCUUUUGAUAUGACAAUUAACUGGUUUAAUACUUUCCAAUUCGAAGAUAGUCCUAACAUCAUUACUUCAACCAAUAAUGACCUUCUUCUUUCUCGUGACAUGGGUAAGACUUGGAAUAAAGUGGAGCUAAACUGGGAGUCUAUUGAUUCUAACCCAUUGUCCAAUUUUGCUAGAAUUGAAACUUUUGAUUAUUUCCCUAAUGUGGCAAUGGCGUUCACGCCAACCAAACGCCAGUUCUACACUUUUGAUAAGGGUGAAACUUGGGGCUACUUUGAUAUACCGUUUGACAGAGUUUUGAUGGUUAACGCUCAGAUUAAUUACGUCAACAAGGAACAGAUGCUUUUUAAAUGUCUGGUUCAGGAAAACGAUACAAUUUUUGAGAAGAUGUUUUAUUCUCUUGAUGGGCUAAAAACGGCGCCUGUUCCCUUGGGGGACAAUUUUUUAGGAGAGUGUACUUUUACGAAAAUCAAUCCUUUUUUCACUGAAGGAGCAGACGAAACAAUACUUUGCAUUGACCGUGAAUCGAAUGAACUUGGUGUAAGGAAAGAUAGAGUCAUUGUUUCCACUGACUUUUUCAAAACUUAUUUGACUGUGGAUGAUUCAAACUUUAAUGAAAAUAAUGUAAUCUAUAUUCGUGUCGAGAAUUCACUGGUUAUGUUACUCAUGACUACAGACAGAUUUCUAAAUGAUUCGCCAUCUUUGUACACUUCUAAAGAUGGACUGCAGUUCAGAAAAGCACAUUUUGAAGAUGAAAAUAGACAUGGUAUGAUCAGUAUACUAGAUUCUGGCUCAGAUGCGUUAUACAUAUCUAGAUAUGGAUCUGAUGGUGGCCAAUCUCAAAGUGGUGAUAUGUACAAGUCUGACUCCGAGGGCAUUUACUUCAAAAAAAUAUUUGGGAAUGUAUUAUCGAAUAGGUUUGGCAUGGCGUUGGUUAGUAAGGUUGAAAACGUAGAUGGUGUUUGGAUAGCGGCGCACAUCGAAAAACGGGAUAUCCUUCAUCACCUUGACUCAAAAACAAAAAUAACUUAUGAUGAUGGGAAAACAUGGAGCUUAUUAAAUAUUACAGAUUCGGAGAGCUGUAGUAAUGACGAAGAAUGUUCAUUGCACUUAGGAUGGGUCACCCAAAGGUCUGGUGAUGGACAUUUUGUCACAGGUGAAACUCCUGGUAUUAUUCUUGGUGUUGGAAAUGUUGGCAAAUACCUCGAUUUGAAGUUUGAAAACCUCAAAACUUUCAUUUCCAGAGAUGGAGGUUUAACCUGGAAAAAGGUUUUAGAUUAUCCAGUCAUUUUCGCUUUUGGUGAUGUCGGUAAUGUAAUUGUAUCUGUUCCUGCCAAAAUGGAAUAUUUCACUAACAACAAAAUUGAUCAUGCUGUUGAUUACAUCAAUUACUCUCUUGAUCAAGGCAACACGUGGAAUGUGGUUAAAUUAGACCAAAAAUGCAUUCCACUCUACUUUGUCAACAAUGAAGAUAAUACCGAUAAGACUUUCUUAUUGUACGCAUUAACUAUAGAUGAGCCGUCCAAAAGUGUUCUGUUUUCUAUUGACUUCUCGACCGCAUUCUCUGAAACCUGUACUGAAGACCAAAUGGAAGAAUGGAAUGCUAGAGUGGAUCCGGUUUCUAAGCAGCCCGUGUGCGUUUUUGGUCAUUCUGAGAAGUUUAUGAGAAGAAGGAUAGAUGCUAAAUGUUUUGUCAAUAGGAACUAUCAGGAUUUGAACAAGAUUGAAACUCCAUGUCAAUGUACUGAAGAUGAUUAUGAAUGUAACUAUGGAUUUAUACCUGGGGAUGAUGGUGAGUGUAAGCCAGAAUUGGUGUUACUUUCCUCUGUUUGUGAUAAUCAAAAUGACCGCUCUAUAACCAUCUCAUCGAGACGAAAAAUUCCAGGAAAUCUGUGUGAAGGUGGUUUUGCGGUAGAUACCAAUGAUUAUAAACUUGACUGUAGAGUUGCGAAUGACAAAAAGAAGCAAAGUGCUAUUGAUAUCAACCUAAUUUCAUUUGAGGAAGACAUUAUUUAUUAUCAAUACUUGGAGAAAAACAUCACGUCCACUGAAGUUCAGGAUGAAACAUUAUUUGUUAUUACUGCUUCUAGAAAAGCUUAUAUUUCCUUUGAUUCAAAGUCUUUUGAUCUGUUAUCUGACGACAGAUUUCUUUAUAUCAUUCAAAAUAACUUCUGGCCUGAUUCUGUGUACCUUAUAACAGAGAAUGGCUUAAUAUUCGGUUCUCAAGACAGGGGAAGAAGCUUUUCUGUGGUGGAUGCUCCUCAUAAAUCACAAGGGUACAGUUCUUAUUCGAUGGUUUUUGAAAAAAAUAAUCCAAGAGUAUACAUACUGAUAUCGAAUAUUAAUUGUGACUCUUCGAACAAUUGUGAUUCUUAUGCAUCUAUUACAGUAGACAAUGGUCAAUCUUUUAGUGAUAUCCUUUCAGGGGCUAGAAACUGUAUUUUUGCUGACAGCGUGUUUGAACCAAGCCUUAAUAGUAUCGACCUAGCAGAAGUUAUUUGUCUGCAAAGAUCCACAGGCGAAAUCUACGGCAAUCUUGUUUCGAGCACUGAUCGGUUUGUAAGUACAAAGACUAUAUUUGAAAGAGCAAUCGGAUUUGCGGUCAGCGGUAACUACAUGGUUGUUGCGGUUUUAAAUGAAGAUAUGUCAUUGACUGCUUAUGUGUCUGUUAAUGGUAAAACAUUUUCUCCGGUUAGAUUCCCAGCAGACAUUAACGUCCAGAUGCAAACUGCAUAUACAAUCCUUGAUGUCAAUUCUAAUGAACUAUUCAUGCAUUUGACUACAUUUGAUGCACCCGGCUCCGAGUUUGGCGCUUUAUUGAAAGCCAACUACAACGGAACAUUGUUUACAACAGCAAUUAAUUAUGUUAACAGAAAUAAGGAUGCAUUUGUUGAUUAUGAAAGUGUUCCAACCCUAGAAGGUAUUUCAAUUGUGAACGUGAUAAUGAAUCCUGAGGAAGUGAAAAACGGUGAGCAGAAAAAACUAGUUAGUAAGAUUUCCUAUAAUGAUGCUGCAACGUGGUACUUAUUACCUCCACCAAUAAAGGACUCGGAGGGAAAGAAAUUAAAUUGUAAAGGAUGCAGUUUGCACUUACAUUCCUAUACUGAAAGGCUAGAUCCUGCAAGAGACACAUUUUCAUCAGCCUCUGCCCUGGGUCUGAUGUUUGGUUUGGGUAAUGUUGGAAACUAUCUAAAUGCAAACCAUGGAAACGAUCCUAAUCUUGUUUCCCUGUUUUUUACAGCUGAUUCUGGAUUAACAUGGAGAGAAGUUGCUAAAGGGCCUCACAUUUGGGAAUUUGGAGACCAAGGAAGCAUUCUAGUUAUUGUUGAAACUGGUAAGGAGGUCAACAACUUUAAGUAUUCGUUAGACUUUGGUAAUAGUUGGAUUGACUACGUUUUCUCAGAAAAUAAAUACUUAGUAGAAGACAUUGCUACUGUUCCUUCUGAUAACUCUCUCAAGUUUAUUUUGGUCGUCAAAGAUAAAGGGACCUCAAAUAGCAUAUUUUCGGUCGACUUCACCAAUAUUUAUGAUAGACAAUGUGACUUCCCAGUUGAUUUUAGGAAAUCCUUAGGUGAUGAUUAUGAAUACUUUGUUCCGCAGCAUUUAGGCUCUGUUGAUAAGUGUUUGUUUGGUCAUGAGAAAAGGUAUGUCCGUAGAAAACCUGAUGCAAAGUGUUUUGUUGGGAAAUCUCCAUUGUAUGAAGGAACAUACAUUAACAAAAAUUGUGAGUGUACAAGAGAGGAUUAUGAAUGUGACUUCAAUUUUGAGUUACACAUAGACGGAACUUGUAAAUUAGUCAAAGGUCUUGAAACCAGAAAAGGAGACGAAGUGUGUUUGGAUGGAAGUGCCAAUGAGUGGUGGGAAGCAACUGGAUACAGGAAAAUACCUGCCAGUACUUGUGAAGGCGGUUUGGUUUUAGAUAAAUGGAAGGUACAUGCUUGUCCGGGAAAGAAACUUGAAAGGAAUGGAAUUGGGGCAUGGGCUAUGUUUUGGAUCAUGUUUGUUCCAUUCUUGGCAUUUGCAGCAGCUCUAAUAAUUGUUUAUGAGCGUGGCAUCCGUAGAAAUGGUGGUUUUGGAAGAUUAGGUGAGAUAAGGUUGGAUGAGGGAGAUAACUUACAGUUGAUUGAAGAAAAUAAUGUUGAUAAAGUAGUCAAUGCUGUCAUUAAAUUUGGUGUGUUCAGCUUUCAACUAAUGGGCAAAUCAUUCAGCUUUUUCACAAAAAUACUUGAUCGUAUCAGAGGCAGGGAUUCGUCAUAUCAACAUAUUGGCGGAAUGGGUGCGUUUUUCAAUGACAUGGUGGAUGAUAGCCAUUCUUUAUUUGAUGAUUUAGAUAAUGAUGAGGAUGCAAGAGAGAUAGAAUCGUUUAUGAAUUCUGCAAAUCAUGACGAAUUUCACGAUGGUUCUAAUAACGAAUUUGAUGAUCCCAUUCAAAACAACUUUAGUGAAUCAAAUGAAGGCUAUAAAGACGGCGGUGACGAACCGCCUAGUGGGGAGGCUAGUAAUUCCGAAUUUCGUCUCAGUGAGGAUGAGCAUGAAUAA